AUGCAAGAUGAAUGCCUGGGGUACGCCAAGGAACGGCCCCUUAGGUGGACGAAUAGCGUCGCCAGUCGCGGCAAAUGGAUGGGAAAGACGGUGCCAAGCGUGGGAUCGCCAAUAUCAAUCGGUCGGUUACUAAUUGACCCCGGUCUCCAAGACCUGACAAGGCCAAUGCGAGAGUAUAUCGCAUAUUUCGAGCGAAAUUGCAGCCCAGAGUGUGUGAUAUAUGACCUAGGACCGAAUAACCCAUUCAAAGAAUUCAUGACCCUGAUCCCAUCCAGUAGGGGUCUUUGUCAUAUUAUGGUUUCCAUUGCAGCGCUGCACCAGGCGCAACGGGAGUUAAGUAAUAGCCGAUUAAUCGGCAACGAGCAGUUUCCUGGAGAGCUGGACACCGUCGAAGGGGCAAGAGAAUCAUCCCGGUUCCACGAAUAUCUCUAUCACAAACAACAAGCUCUUUAUCUGCUGAGAACUAGGUACCUCGAGGCACCGUAUCAAGACUCCUACGGCGUUAUUGCUUCAGUAUUCCUGUUCAUUUGGCUGGCAUGUCUGGAAAGCGGAAGAAACACCUGGGCAUAUCAUCUCAAGGGCCUGAAGGAGCUUAUGCAAGCCCAACUCCUAUCCAUGAACCUGGCGCAGUCGACAAGCUUAACUGCGGCAUUUUCCCGAUUCUAUGAAUAUUUCGAAACGAGCUAUGCCAUCUUCGAAAUUCUCGGCUCGACAUUGGUGAAAUCCAAACAGCAAUAUAAACCCCUCUUCACAUCAAUCCCGAUGAUUGACAUCUUGAAGCGCUCCGAGUCCCUCACAUGGACGGGUUGUCCGGCAGACCUCCUUUACAUACUCUCCUUAGUCAACUCGGCCUGUUCAGGUCCGGUCGCUCCGGACCCUAACGUUAUCGCUCACCUUUUAUCCCAGAUCGAGACCUUCUCGCCUCAACGAUGGGCUUUUGCAACCCCCAAUGGGUCUCAACCAACCGUCCGGUAUCAUGUAGCAUGCAUAUACAAAGCAGCCGCUUUGAUUUACAUCUCCCAGGUCUUUCCUCAUAUUUCGCACCAGCAUUACUCAGUUGAAUCGCAGCUACUCGGCUCACUUGAUUCGAUCAUCGCUCAUUUCACAGCGGUAGGUCCGGGAGAUAGUCAUUUCAAAGGCCUCUUAUGGCCGGCGUUCAUGAUCGGCGCUGAGGCACGAACUGAACACCAGAGAUUGGCGAUUAUGGAGGUGCUGGACCUUUUGUGGAAGUUUUGGCGCGCCCAGAAUGUAAGGUACGCGCUGGAGGUCCUCCAGAAGAUUUGGGAGCGACAGACCACUCCUGAGGGAGUGUCACAGCCUUGGAUUGAGUAUUUAUACGAACAAGGGGAAAAUUGGAUAUUUGUAUAG